GAGUGGACGGUCGGAGGACGGAACCGCCCAGACGUUCCGCACACACUGACGUUCUCCACAGUCUGCCUGGGAGUCUGUUGAACCUGCGUCGGACCCACUGUGGGUCCUUGGAUUUAUUGGUGGAUCUGAAGGUGGAUCUGGACCGAUGUGGACUCCGGUGGUUUACAGGUCCUUCCAGGCUCAGAUCACUGAUUAGCGGCUGAACUUAAAGGGAUUAUUUGUGGCUGUUGAAGGCGGGAGCUGCUCGGAGCCACAGGGAUCAACUGACUGGUCCUGGUCCUGGUCCUGGUCCUGGUCCGACCGGACGCUCUGCCUCGGACCCGUCAUGGAUCUCAGACCUGGACCGUGAAGCUCCUGGGACGCCGGGUCAGGACCUGCGCAGCCAUGUUCUGAGGAUUUAAUGGACGUUUGGUUGACAUGCUUUCCCAGAGCUCCGCCCAGUUCUAGGCCGACGCCCUCCAUUCAUGGUGUUCGUCGCAGCAGAGUUAAGGUCGGUUUGUGGAGAAGGUCCGAUUCCAGACAGACAUGUCCAGAGACGGCAGGCGUCUCACCCUGGCGAGGCCCAGCCGGUCUGGCGCCACCUCCAUAUCGCCCCUCGUCCUCUACUACUUCCUGUCAUGUGCGGCGGCAGCAGGGAGUUUGCCAGGAGCAGAAUACGAGUAUGGCAUCAGCCCCAAGUUUGUGUGCACGCCCAUCCCCCCGGACGCCGACCCCAGCUGCUUCUCCCCGCCCGGCGUUCCACCCUCCCCCGGAACCAACGGCCAGAAUGGCAGCGGUGGUGGCGGCCGACGCAGCUUUAUGUCAGAUGAAGCCAAAGCCACCAUCCUGCACCUCCGCGAGAGCCUGGUCCGGCAAAAGGAGACCAUCCUGGACCAGAGGGAGACCAUCCGGGAGCUGACCGCCAAGCUGACCCUGUGUGAAGGCUUCGGAGGUCACCACGGGGUCGGUCACCAUGACGACCACCACGGCGACCACCACGACGACCACCGCGGGCACCACGGCGCCCACCACACGGCGUCCAACCUGCACCACGGGCCUUCAGGUUACCAUAGCAACGACCACCACUACCCCCACGGCGACCACCACAGGAAGGGGCCGUCCUACGCCAAACACAGCACCUUUUCUCCAGAACAGACCGGGAAGAUGCUGCAAACGCUGAAGGAACGGCUGGAGAACUUACAGGCCAGGAACUCCUCCAGCUCCUACUCCAGUUCUCUGCGAGAACUUCUCCAGCGGAAAAUCAACGCCCUGGAGGAACAACUGCACAGCUACUACCGAGAUCACCAUGACGACCACCAUGAUGACCACCACAGCAGCAACCACUACAACCACCAAGAUAGCCACCACGAUGACCACCACAGCAACGGUCACCACGACGACCACCACAGCAAUGGCCACCACGACGACCACCACAGCAACGGUCACCAUGACAACCACCACAGCAACGGCCACCACGACGACCACCACCACAGCAACAGUCACCACAGCAACGGCCACUACGAUGACCACCACAGCAAUGGUCACCAUGACAACCACCACAGCAACAGCCAUUACGAUGAUCACCACAGCAACGGUCACCAUGAUGAUCACCACAGCAACGGUCACCAUGACAACCACCACGGCACCGGUCACUAUGACAGCCAUCACAGUAACUACCAUGGCAACCACAGAUACAGUCAUCACGGCAGUCACAGUAAUCGCCGUUAUGACCACCGCUAUGACAGGCACCAUGGACGGCACCGUGGUUACCAAGGCAAACACCACACCUACCACUACAACGACCAUCACAAGGACCACCACAAUGACCAUCACUAUGACCACCACAAUGAUCACCAUGAAGAUCAUCAUGAUAACCACCGCAAUGAUCACCACGACGACCAUCAUAAAGAUCACCAUGAGGACCAUCAUAAAGAUCACCAUGAGGACCAUCAUAAAGAUCACCAUGAGGACCAUCAUAAAGAUCACCAUGACGACCAUCACUAUGACCACCACAAAGAUCACCAUGACGACCAUCACUAUGACCACCACAAAGAUCACCAUGACGACCAUCAUUAUGACCAUCAUAACAAUCACCAUGAUGACCAUCACUAUGACCACCACAAAGAUCACCAUGACGACCAUCACUAUGACCAUCAUAACAAUCACCAUGAUGACCAUCACUAUGACCACCACAAAGAUCACAAUGAUGACUAUCACGACGACCACCAUGAUGACCACCAUGAUAAUCACCGUGACAACCACCACAGCAGCGGUUACCAUCCACGUAAGACACCGAACCGCAGCCAGGGGCGGAGUUUACGCGGCGCCGGGCACAGUAAACUGGAGACUGUUCUCAGCCAGUUGCACCACGGCCACAGUGACCACGUAGAAGACCACCCCAAGCUGAAGAGUCCCAGUGCGUUCCUGCUGGACUUCCCCAUGCGGACCAACUACAUGUACGCGCGUAUGAAGCGGUCGGUGGCCAACGAGGUGUUCGCCCUGACCGUCUGCCUGUGGCUGAAGGCGGGGGCGGGGGCGGGGCCUGGACUGGGGACGCCGUUUUCCUACGCAGUCCCGGGACAGGCCAAUGAACUGGUGCUCAUCGAGUGGGGCAACAACCCCAUGCAACUGCUGAUCAACGACCAGGUAAAGAACUGCGAACGACCUCCACCUGUGACCUCCAGACCAGACAGAGUUUAAAGGGUGUGAGGUUCCAGACCAUCUGAGCCUUAAGACACCUGUCC